AAAUACACCGAGGCGCAACCUGUGUCUGCGUGUAUUGCAGUAACCUAUUUUACCCAGUUUACAAACAAAUGUUUUAGCAAAGAGAGCUGGAAAUAAGUGUGCACGUGAAAAUAAUUAGGAAAUAAUUCACUAGCUCCAAAUGAAGUCAUAUGGAUGGCAAUUUCUAGAUAGAGAGAGGGGCUUCAAAGCAACAUGGAUUAAUGCAGUGUUGAGCUCCAUCGCUGUCCUGUCACUGGAAUGAAACUGAAACGUUAUCAUCAUUAUAUGUGGACUCCGGACGCACAUGCUGAAUUCUGACCCGACUUAUCUUACGAGAGCAAGUUCAUCAACAUGCUUUCUCAUUCUCCGGUGGAGCAACCGAGACUGGAGGAAGCAGAUUAGUGUGGAUUUAUCUCAGAUUUCCUUUUAAAUAACGUAUUUCCACGUGGAUGAAAUGCUUUCUUCGAUGUUUUAUCCAUUGUAUUGAAGCUCACAGCCUUCAGUCCGAAUAGGGCAAGUGUGAGGUGGCUAUGAGUACGCUAUACAUCAUGGCUGACCAUCUGGAGUGUCUCAACUACACGCUAUACAGAAAGACAUCCACAUCCUAGCCUCUCGUUCCUACAAAACAAAAGCCUACAAACUGCCAACCAAGGGAAUAUAACCUUUGUAUCACGCCAUCUUCCCAUCUCUUCCCCUCACUGCUUUCAAACCAAUGCUACAUUAUUUAUAUCAUGGGAUGCAUGAAAUCCAAGCGCCGCGACCCCACUCAGAACUCCGACUCAUCGGAGAAAGUGGAUGGGAAGCCAGGAAAGCACGGAGAGAAAGCCGUUUUAGUUUUUUCAGAGAUCGGCUCUAUGGAGGACCCUGUGCGGAUCAAUCCGGUGCUGCUGGACUAUGCCCAGAGGCUCUCGGAGGAAAUUGUGGCCCGGGCAGUACAGCAGUGGGCGGAGGUGGACAGCCGAUACAGUGACAUCCCCUACAUUGAGUGUGACGUGCCAUAGUGUUUAUAUCGAGUGGAAUAAAAAUGGACUGGUCCAGCUCACUUCUCACCUCUAUGUAAAUGAGCGCAAUCAGAUGGACAAAUGCAGGCCAGAGGAGAGUAGUGUCAUUUCUGGAAGAUUUUUUUUACCCAUAAGGACUUACAUGAAAUAUUCAGACAUUUUUCUUAUUUUCAUGCAUUCAAAAACGUUUAUUUUGCUAGCACAGAUGAUUAUUCUUUUAGUCAACAAUUAAUCCAUGCAAGUUAGUCCCCUGAAAAAAAGGUUUGUUUUGUAAUCUUCAAUCAAAGUCUGACCAUUUACUUCCACGUUUAGAUGAAGUAAAUGGUCUGACCAUUUACUUAACCACAUCCCUCUUACUGUUAGUUUGCUACAAGGGAAUGGUGUUCAAAAUGGAAGCCCUGCCCCUACUCACUAUUACAUUUUUAGUUGGAAGUACACUACCUGACAAAAGUCUUGUCGCCUAUCCAAGUUUUAGGAACAACAAACAAUUGCAGGACUCCCAGAGUUCAUCAAGAAUCUUUGGAUUCAUCUUCAAUGCCUCCUCCUUCAUCUUACCCCAGACAUGCUCAAUAAUGUUCAUGUCUGAUGACUGGACUGGCCAAUCCUGGAGCACCUCAACCUUCUUUCAGGAACUUGGAUGUAGUGGCUGUAGUAUGAGGAGCGCUAUCCUGCUGAAGAAUUUGCUCUCUCCUGUGGUUUGUAAUGUAAUGGGCAGCACAAAUGUCUUGAUACCUCAGGCUGUUGUUGUUGCCAUCCACUCUGCAGAUCUCUCGCACACCCCCAUACUGAAUAUAACCCCAAACCAUGAUUUUUCCUUCACCAAACUUCAACAGUUCAACAGAUGAUUCAUCUGAAAAAUGUAACUUCUGACACUUUUCCAAAUGAUCAACUAGAAGUCAAGUUAUUAUUUGUUGCUCUUACAACUGGGAUUGACGACAAGACUUUUGUCAGGCAGUGUACAUCAACAUUCUGAAAAAAGUCUCAGCAGUUCCGGUUCACAGAGAUGUAAAGUCAAAUUUAGGGGCCUGUUAUUUUUUUAACCAUGGAGCUGUUCCAACACUGCUUCUUUUCACACAAUAGUUAAAUUUGACAGUCUGGAAUUGUUUAAAAAACAUUUUUUUUAUUAUUAUUAUU